AUAAUAAAAAUUACAUAGAAAUAUAAAAUCAAAUAAAUUUUAAUUAUGAUACCUUUGUUCAUCAAAAAAUCAAUAUAGUUAAAUAAAAAUUUUAUAUAUCUAUAAAAUUGUAACUUUUGUUAAGAUUUAAAAAAGACAAUAUAACCAAAAUAAAAAAAAGCCUUUAUAACAUUGACUGAUAGAGCAGCAGAAAAAAUAAAAGAAUUAAUUUCAAAAAGCUAAGACUAAAAUUAUCUUGCUGUUAAAAUUGGAAUUAAAAAAAGAGGAUGCAGUGGUUUGAGUUAUACAAUGAAUUAUUGUGAUAAUAAAAAAGAAAAUAAAUUCGACGAAGUUAUAUAUGAUAAAGGUGUAACUGUUAUUAUAGAUAAUAAAGCUUUAAUGGCUUUAGUGGGAACAGAAAUGGAUUGGUUAGAAGAUGAUUUAAGAGCAGAAUUUAUUUUUAAUAAUCCUAAUUAAAAAGGUGCAUGUGGAUGUGGAGAAAGUUUUUAUAUUUGA